GGGGUUUUUUUGAGCACACCGUCAAAUUGUAGUUAUGUUUGCGUUUGCGUUCCCAGCUCAAGAAAAAUACGUACAUAUAUAUAAAAACGUAAUCGAACGUUCAUCAUUCAGUCAGUUAAAGUUGAACAGUGAAAAGCUGAAGUUUGGCGUGUACAAUAUUUUCCUUCCAACCAAUUGAACAGCAAGAAUUAAAGAAAUAAUUUUUCUAUUGAAUAUUCUUUAUCUGCAAGCAAAAAUUUCAAGACGAAAAUAGUGAUUUGUGUUGAAAAAAAUUAAAUUAAACUCACGAAAAGAAACAAACCAAUUUAAUUUUAAAAUUAACCGUUAAACAAGCAAGUUUAAUUUUGAAUGAAAAAAAAUGCAAGCGACUAAAGUCAAUGUAUUGCUUAUUGGUGCAACGGUGAUUUUUGUAUUUGCACUGAUCAACGAAAUUGAUGCAAAACCGUUGGACAUUUAUGAUGAAAUUGUUGACAAUGACGAAAAACAACUGUUGAUCCGCAUGGCUGAGCUAAUUGAAUCGAUUGGUGCCGAUGAUUCGGAGCGUUUUGCAAGCAUCAACAACAGUGACAGCAACUCAUCAUCCGCCAGCAACGAGUUAAAAGACAUGAAACCGGGUGAACGUUGUAUAUUACCAGUGCGAAAAGGUGUUUGCCGGGCAUUAAUUCCACGCUGGAGCUACGAUCCAUCGACAAGAGAAUGUUCUCAAUUCAAAUUUGGCGGCUGUGAUGGUAACGGCAACAAUUUCUCCACACGAAAACAGUGCAUGGACAUGUGCCGAGGCAUUUAAAUCAAUUUUUACAUUACACUGCGUCAGAUCAGCUCAGUUAUGGAAACGACAACGGAACCAGUGGACUUUCUGAUUUUUUGUCCAACACAAACAAAUCUUGACCAAAUAUAUUUAUUCUACGUUAGUUUAAUCAUGUUAUGAAAAAAGAAAGAAUUCGCAACAGCAACUGUUGAUAUGUACAUCUAUUUAUUUUUUGUUUUAUAAUAAAAAAAAAUUUGAAGAAAAA